AAGUGAGAAACCAUGGAACUUCUUUUGCUGGUUUAUAUCUUCCUUAAUUUUCUUAUUCUUCCUCCAUGGUCUCGACAUCUACCGUAGAAGAAGACUACCUCCGGGUCCUGUGGGGCUCCCCAUCAUCGGAAACCUUCUUGAUAUUGGACCCAAACUCCAUGUAUCCCUAGUCAAACUCUCCAAGAAAUAUGGCCCACUCAUGACAAUCCGGUUGGGAAGUAUAACCAGCGUGGUGGCGUCUACACCCGACGCCGCCAGAGAAAUCCUCCAACUCAAUGACGAGGCCUGCUCUGGCCGUGUUGUCUCAGACGCUGUCACCGGUAUGCAAAACCAUGACUCAGCGAUCCUAUGGAUCUCAGCAAACGACGAGUGGCGAACCAUACGGAAAGCCCUCAACACUUAUCUCAUCCACCGAAACAAACUAGACACCCUCCAAUACCUUCGCCAGAGCGUGGUUGAGGGGAUGCUGGAGUAUCUACGAGAGUCCGGUCAGAAGAAUGUGGCCGUAGAUAUCGGAAAGUUGGCAUUCGCAGUGGCGCUCAACAUGAUGUCGAACACAAUCCUUUCACAAGACGUGACAAACUAUGAGUCCGAAGAUAUUGGUGGAGGUGGACGGGAAGUUUAACAUAGCAGACAUAUUUCCAGUGUUGAAACCGUUGGAUCCGUAGAACAUACGGCGUCAAGCGAAGGCUGCUCAUGAUUGGUUCGCUAAACUGACAGGGUGUUAUAUAAGUGAGAGGUUAAAGCAUCGAAUGUCGAACCUCAGGAGGUAUGGUGAUAUGCUAGAUUCGCUCUUGGAUUUCAGUGAAGAUAAUGAAGCCAAUUUCAGUCUCAUACACGUCAGGACCUUGCUUGUGCAGGGACAGAAACAAGCUCAAACACAAUAGAAUGGGCAAUGACUGAACUAUUGCUUAAUCCUGAUAUAUUCUCAAAAGUACGUGAAGAAGUAUCAACAACAAUAGGACAAGAUGGAAAAAUUCACGAAGCUAAAAUCCUCAAAUUGCCUUAUUUACAUGCUGUUAUCAAAGAGACAAUGAGGCUCCAUUUAUCUGUACCUUUAUUAGUGCCUCACAAAACUGAAACUGAAGUUAAACUCGGUCAAUAUGUUGUGCCAAAAGAUACACAAGUUCUUGUCAAUGCAUGGUCCAUAGCACGAGACCCAAGGUAUUGGGAUAAUCCAUUGAAAUUCAAUCCGGAAAGGUUCUUGGGAAAUGAGAUCGACUACAAGGGUAAACAUUUUGAGUUUAUACCAUUUGGAUCGGGUCGAAGGAUAUGUCCUGGAGCCCCCUUGGCUCAUAGGGUUGUGAGUUUAAUGGUGACAUCGUUUGUGUAUCAUUUUGAAUGGAAGCUUCCACAUGACAGAGAAGAAAUCGACAUGAAUGACAUUUUUGGCCUCACAUUGCUUAGGGCCACACCUCUCCUUGCCACUGCUAUACCCUUUAAAUAAGUGCAUGCUCCUAUUAUAUUAACUUUGGUCGAAAAAAAUCUACUUUUAUUUUCAGAUGUUGUAAGCUUUGGAUAUUAUAUAAGACUACUUAAUAAUGUAGCAUCCCAUUCCCGGAAUAACUACAAAAUAAUUAAAUUAU